CCCGGGCCUGGACGGGUGCCCGGCCGGGUCAGCCCUGGACUCGUUGUCCCGCGCAUGGCUGUGUGGGUCUUUGGGGGCCGUUUUGGCCUGCGCGGGCAUCUUGGCGCCUGCAGGCUGCUGUGUCUCCGUUUUCAGAGCCGCGGUCCUCAGGGCGAGGACGACGGGGACGGGGGACAGUCAUCCUCGAAGGCACGCCGGCUCCCCAAGAUUUACACCAGGACGGGAGACAAAGGGUUUUCAAGCACCUUCACAGGAGAACGGAGACCUAAAGAUGACCGAGUAUUUGAGGCCGUGGGAACCACAGAUGAAUUAAGUUCGGCUAUUGGGUUUGCCAUAGAGUUGAUCACAGAAAAAGGCCACACAUUUGCGGAAGAGCUUCAGAAAAUCCAGUGCACGCUGCAGGACGUUGGCUCCGCCCUGGCCACUCCGCGCUCCUCAGCCAGGGAGGCUCACCUAAAACACACAGCCUUUGAGGAAGGGACCAUCACGGAGCUGGAACAGUGGAUUGACAAGUACUCCAGCCAGCUCCCCCCGCUCACGGCUUUCAUUCUGCCCUCUGGAGGCAAGAGCAGCUCAGCCCUGCACUUCUGCCGGGCCGUGUGCCGCCGAGCUGAGCGACGUGUGGUGCCUCUUGUCCAAACGGGAGAAACGGAUGCAAAUGUGGCAAAGUUCUUAAACAGACUCAGCGAUUACCUCUUCACCAUGGCUAGAUAUGCAGCCAUGAAGGAGGGCAGCCAAGAGAAAAUAUACAAGAAGCGUGACGUGUGAGACACGAAGAAACGCUGAGGAACCCUUUACAGGCCCCUCGAGAGGCCACGGUAAACUAGAACAGUCAUGUUGACAGACUGGAAGCAGACCCGAGAUACAGACUGUCACCUCACACCCCUGCCUUCCCCCCGGGACCUCUGAGACUCCUGCUGCCUUCCCCAGGCUGUGCUCAAACACAUGGGACUGAGUUCCGUCCUGCAGGACGGAAAGGUAGACUGAAGGCUCCGAAGAGGAGGGGCCACUCGGCAUUGGGAGUGAACGCGGGGAGGGUUUGAACCUUGCACUCGGGGUGUGCGUGUGUGUGUGUGUGUGUGUGUGUGUGUGUGUGU